AAACAUGGCGACUGACAAGGGUAUUUCCCAAAAUGUACGSUUUUUAUCGGCAAAGAACUUUGGAUAAUGUUAUUACUGGAACAUUAGACAAACGCUAAACAUGCCUUGGUAUUUUCCUUGGUCUGAUUCUAUCAAGAAACGGGCCUGUCGCUAUCUUUUACAGCACUAUUUAGGGCAUUUUCUGCAAGAGAAGCUCACCCUCGAACAGUUGACUGUGGACUUGUACAAUGGAACGGGUCGAGUUGAGAAUGUCCCUCUUGAUGUAUGGUCUGUUAAUGAGAUGUUGGAUAGCUGUGGAGCACCAUUUGAGUUGAUUGAUGGUUAUAUCAAUAAGAUAUCAGUAUCAGUUCCCUGGUCAGCAUUACUUAAUGAUAGCUGUUGCAUGGAUAUACAAGGACUAGAACUAACUAUAGCUAUGAAACAAAGAUCAGACCAAGGGGGAUCUGGUUUGACUGAAUCCAUGAUAUUUAACAACAUGACGACAAGCAUGGAGAUGGCACAAGAAUGUCUCAAACAAGGUCCAUCACCUGGAGAGGAGCAGGCUGAAGCUGCAACACAYCAGUUUGAAGGACUUGAAACAUUUGCACAAACCAUUGAAUCAGUGCUAUCAAGAGUGAAGCUAACCUUUGCAGAUAUUGUGAUAAGACUAGAACAUUUACCUAAAGACAUCCAGACAGGCAUAGGCCUUGAGAUUCAUAUCAAACGGGUUGAUUAUUCAGAUCUUUCAACUGAAUUAUCAGAAAAAGAUGCUCAGUACAAAGCUAAAAGUGUUUAUGAACCUGCUGCAUUUGCUUUUAAAAACUUAAAGAUAUUUGGUGUGUGUGCUUACCUGGAUGAAUUCGAAGAGAAAGCAAGGACAAUGCCACCAGGAUUUGAUUCAGACUCUCCUACAUCUCCACCACCUUCACCAACUGUUAGUUCACCYUCUAUGACUAGUGCUUGCUUUGAAAGUGUUGUUAGUCAACUAGCUAAGUCUGAGAAAAGUAGCUUGCUACCAUCAAUCCAGAUUGGUAACUUUGCUGGUGGAUUGGAAGUAAAGCUUAAGCUGAAACAAAAUAAUGCAGUAACUGGUUCAAAGGUCGAUAUAGAAUGCUUUUUUGGAACACUGAAUGUUUUCUUAGCUCCUCGACAAGUCCAUCUAUUGAUAGAGUUAGCCAGUGCUUUGUCAUUAGGUGACAACUGUCAGUCAAGCGGGUUAAAAGGUGGAAUUUCAGUCAAUAAACCAAUGGAACCUGAUGAUUACAAGAGAAUAGAGGAAGAUUUACAAAACCAACUCCAUGCUAAAAAGCAACAGAAAUUAGAUUCAGGUCAUCAAAAAGUAGAGACGUGGAACUGUAACUUUGAUUCUUCAAAUACAACAGAUAAUUUAACCCAUUUUUCAUCCAGUGCAGAAUAUGAUAGUGUUCUUGGAGAAGAUAGUGAUGAYCAGUUUUACUCUAUGCCAUCCAACCAAUGGAACCAUGACAUUCUUCCUCCUUUAGAGGAACCACCACUACCUGCUGACAUGAUCAAGAAAGCUUCUCUUCUUACACAAGGCUUUGGUAACAUCCCUAAGUUCAACACAUCAGGUUCGAGUCUGACCGAAGCUGCUAGUAGUGUGUUUGCACAUGCUCAGUCUCAACAAAGUCAAAGCAAGCCCAGUACUUUUACAGGGAAACCAAAAUCCAUUUCACCRGUGAACCCWGGUCUGGCAGGAAUUGCAGCAUUAGAGGACCCUUCACCUGAGACCAUGCACCUCAAGUUAAAGUUUAGUAGUGUUGCCAUGACAAUCCUUCAUGUAGAUCCAGUUCUGUCACCAGUAUCAGAUUCAGAGCAAAGUGAUGACAAUAGUCAGUCCAGUCARCCUCUGUUACAAAUGGCUGAGAACUUCUUUGGAAGCCUGGGUACUUAUGGUUUUGGUGGAAAGGACUURGAAGACAUGAAAGAGAGGCUUUCAGAAGCCUGUUCUAAUGACCACUUGAGAUGUAUGUUGACUCCGCUGAGUAUUGAUUUUGACAAGACAACAUGCAACUCACAUCAAACRGUAUCCAGUGACAUUUCAAUUGGACGAAUGGAAGUCUUGGAGUAUUUGUAUGAACGCUUCUCUUCAGACACUUUGACUUCCCCAGCUUUGUAUUCAAGCAUACAGAUAUUAAAUUUUGAACCAAGAGAUGAAAUCAGAAAUGCCUUUUUUGGAAUGACAGCCACCAAUUCUACGCCAUGUCUACGAGCCAAGUACAAAAAUACACAAAGAACAACAUCACCAGGUGGAAUUCAAGCUCGCAAUUCAGUUUUACCCAAAACAGAUUUAACAUUUGAAAUUGGAAAGUUAUGCUGUGAGUUGGACAUCACUAUCAUCGAUCGAUUAGCUGAACUUUUUGACUCAAGACCACGCUGCUCAAACCAAAAUUCAGCAUCACAUUCYAGGAUGUUUAAGUCCUUAAAUCCAACUUCAUUUAAUCAGCAAGCUGUGUUUACUCAGGCCAUGGAUGAAGGCCCAACAUCUGAUCAGCGCAUGGAUGUCACUUUAACUUGCCCUGUACUUGCAGUCUUGAUAAGGUUCCCCAUUCCUGACCUUAGACCAGUAGUUGAGCGGCGGCCAUGGUGGAAGCAAGCAUUAAGGGAUGAUAUGCUUUUGAUUGAGUUUUCUUCUGUCAAGUURAACACUGUUGUCUGCUCAGAAGAUAACACCAGCUCCUAUGAACUUCGCUUUCAAGAACUUGAUGGGUUCUUUAAAAAGAGCAAGGAGGAGCCUCCUAUCCCAGUUAUUAAAGCUACUACCAUGGCGACCGAUAAUGAAUCGAACAGCUGUGGAUUUGAUUGGCCAAGAAUCACAAUUACUAUCCAACCACCUGCAUCUCUGUCCAUACUGGAAGAAUCUGAUAAUAACUCCCCAUUAAGCUCUCUUGAAGCAUAUCCAGUCUUAAAGAAUGAUCCUUCACCUUUCUCGUCUAAACCUGUCAUGUAUGAGGCAGAGGAGCUGGUUCUACCUGGCAGCCAGGAAGAGAUGACUAAGUUCCAGGAAGACACUGUUACUUCAUCACAUACUCACAUAGAAUGCUGCUUCCCACGUCUUGACAUUAAUCUACACCAAAAAGAGUUUUUUGAAAUUAUUUAUAACAGAAUUGCUAGUGAUUUAUUGCUAUGGGAACCUACCGCACCAUCACCUGUAGACAGGUCUGAUAUUCAUGGUACAGUCAUCGCUGGUCUUGAUUUAGCCAGUCAAUUACUGCAAGGACCUGAUAAAUUUGUUAUGUGUCGAUCAGGACUACACAGCUAUGAUGAUUCAUCAUCAGAUGAAGAAGACAGCAGUAACUUUACAUCACCUGAYCAUAAAAACACUCGGCGUGGUAUAACCAAUGAUAGCAAUGGACAGACYUUAGUAGCCGUGACACUUAGUGUAACCAAAGGGAGACUGGCUUUGUUUCCAAUAUCAUAUUCCCCACAGGURGCSGACUAUCAACCAGACGCCAACAGCUCUCAACAUGAAGUCCUUGGUCAACUCAUGGGCGAAUUUGAAGACCUGAAUUUCUUUAUUGCAGCUUGCUAUAAAYGCCUGGUUGAUUUAACAUAUCUUAGUCUUUACUCCAAAACCUUACGCCUCAAACACGCACCUGUAGUAAAUAGUGACGUACACGCUACCAUGGAAACGGCUUUUUCAGGAGCUGAGUUACAGUCCACUUUGUACUGUACAGAACAGGGUCUYAAACGAGGCAAUGACUAUCCUGAUGAGCCUAUGCUGUCCAUAGCAGCCAAGUUUUUGUUAGAUCCUGUUAAAAAUGUCAAGGAGAUAGUGUUAGCGUUGGGUAUACGAGAUGUUACGAUGCGACAUAGAAUCACGCCCUCUUCACAGCUAUGGUUAACGCAGAUGUCUAAUUACAUUGAUGUACAAGACGAUCCUGUUCUGGGGUUUGUAGCUCCUGCAGUAGUUACAGUCUUACAUACCCAUAUAUGGCAAAGCUCAAUCGACUACAGACCUAUUCAUCUACCAUUACGUGUCUUACUUACCAUGGAGUCAUUCAGUGUGUCAAGUAAUCUAACAAUUGAAUCAUCCGUUUCAUUACUGAGAUUUAUCAUCGAUGACACAGCCCUCUACAUAUCUAAUAAAUGCAGUGGCCAGUCGAACCUUAAUAACUACGUCUGUGUCAUGGAUUUAGGACUGUUUGAACUAUCGCUGUUUACAAGUGAUGGAAAUGAAAAGCGACACCCAAAGAUAGAGCUGCGCAUGUCAAGUAACACACUUCACGUAAGGACGUGCUCCGACUCGUGUUCAGCCCUCCUUCAGCUCGUUCAAUACAUUGCAGCCGAUGGAGAUCUGGUUCCAAGUUACGAGCGGCAAGAGUCUGAUUCAGUUAGCUGUCCAGCGACACCAAGUCGAUGUCCAGCUGAUCCUCCUGUUGAACAAAGUUCCAUGGACGAAGGUGAAAUGAGUUCUUUAAUGAGAGAAGCCAUGGACGAUCAAUACAGUGARGAUGAAGACGACUCUAUUAAGGACUCUAAGACUGACACCUGUCAAUCAUCAUCCAAGUCUCCCAAGAGAGAAUUAUUCUUGUUCCCUGAUGAUCAGCCUGACGUGCAAAAAGAAGUAACUGACGCCAUGGAAGGACUUGCUGUUGAUGGACCACUGAGUCCUCAUGAUGAUGAUGAUGACAUUGAGAGUGAUGAAGAGUUUUGUAUUUUAGACCAUCCUGAUAGAGAACCAGAGGGUUUGACGGAUGAUGUGGUGAUCAAGACGUUACACGAGGAUGAUAUCCGUAUCGUUGAAAAUCACUUUCCAGUCACGAUCGGUCGUAGUGAUCAACUCCGAGCCCCCGAUCACUUUCCAUCAGCGGUUUUCCGUUAUUGUUUACGUGAGAUGUCCAUUGUGUGGCAUAUGUAUGGAGGCAAAGAUCUCGGUCACCAUGACAACAAGCAGAAGAGGAUAACAUUUGCAUCAGAUGUCGUUCCUCCUGCAAAGUCACCUGUCAGGGGUGGGGGUAGUCCUAAAGCAUGCCGCACACGGGGUGGGGCAGGGAGACAAACUGAUAURCUGAUGGAAUUGCACCUUAACAAGAUUCGAUUCCAGUUUGAACAGUAUCCAGAGGACACAGAACAAGCGUCAAGAUUAGUGUUUCUAGCACAAGAAGUUGAAAUACGAGACAGACUCGCUCAUUCACAAAUCAACAAGUUUUUGUACCAAUACACGUCAGAGUCUCGGCCAAAGCAAACCAACGCUAACAUGGUCGUUAUUAAAAUGCUGCACAUGAGACCAGACCCAGCKCUUCCAGCACAAGAAUGCUGUCUACGUGUGUCUAUUCAACCGCUGAGACUUAAUGUCGACCAGGACGCUCUUUUCUUCAUAAGAGAUUUCUUUACUGACAUAUCUGGAGAAGCAUCGAAAACGUCCAAAGGGUCAAGUAGUGUUGAAUCAAGUCCAAUCAAGACUGUGGUCCCCGUGGAUAAAACACCACCGGGUGUCUCACCAGACCUCUUCGACGAUGAAGACCUUCUAUCAAUGACAUCUCCUCGAGAGGCUGGGGACGAGCCUGGUAGCUCUUCUCAGACACCWACGUUUUUCAGGUCAUUUAUUUUCUCACCUGAGGUCCCAAUAAGACUUGAUUACCAAGGCAAACACGUUGACAUGGAUCAAGGUACUUUUGCUGGUUUACUAAUUGGUCUUGCCCAGCUAAACUGUUCCGAGUUAACUCUCAAGCGUUUGUGCUGUCGUAGUGGAUUACUUGGUUUUGAUCGCGUUAUCAACUAUGCCAUGGCGGAAUGGUUGAAUGACAUCAAACGUACUCAGCUUCCAAGCAUUCUGGGAGGAGUAGGACCCGUUCAUUCAUUUGUCCAGUUAUUUCAAGGGGUGGURGAUCUUGUAUGGCUUCCUAUUGAGCAAUAUAAACGAGAUGGUCGAGUUAUGCGAGGUUUACAGCGAGGUGCUAAUUCAUUUACUACUUCGUCUGCAAUGGCGUUUUUAGAAUUAACAAACCGAGUUGUUCAUGUUGUACAGACGGCAGCAGAGACAGCCUAUGACAUGGUUAGCCCAGGACCAAGUGUUUCACCAAAUAGACAAGGUCACAAUCGAUGUGCAAAACAACCUGCUGAUUUACGUGAAGGAGUAACCAAUGCCUACCAUGUYGUUGCCAAGGGACUAAAUCGUACKGCUACUAAUAUCGUCCAAGUAGCUCGUGAGGAGCAUGAACAGAAAGGCGUAACUGGUGCUGUAGGCGGUGUAUUAAGGCAAGUUCCUGCUACUAUCGUUCAACCCUUAAUACUUGCAACACAAGCGACAUCGAACGUUAUUGGUGGGGUUAGAAACCAAAUACUGCCUGAUGCGAGGAGAGAAGCUACGGAGAAYUGGCGAUCAGACGACCAAUAAGUAUGUGUAUCAUUGGUGAUGUGUGGAGGAUCGAUGAGAAAAUCUAAAUAUUUGAAAAGAAUAAGAAAUAAAGCUCCUAGAAAAAAUGCAACGUUUGUUAGAAUUUGGCUACAAUGAAAUUUUAGAAUGACAAUUGUAAGGACAUCAGGGAGAAUCUACCGUUUGAAAUACCCCACAGAUAGUGUAAAUACAUAGUUGCCAAGGUUUAUUGUGUACAAAGACUAAUCAUACAAAGAAGUGUUUACGAUUUCUCACUAGUCGAUCAAAUGAAUUCCAUUGCAUCGUUAAAGCAUAGUAACAAAUUAAAUUAAAAUGUUAAAAAUGAAUUUGUACAAACAAUGAAAUAUUUGUGUACAGAUAAUGUUUCAAAGAUUUCCAAUAAAGUGUUCACAAUGCAG